UAAAUAAACUAUUGGGCCAGAUGGAGAUGGAGAUGGAGAUGGAGAUGGAGAUGGAGAUGGAGAAAGAGAGUACUCUCCUAGCUAUAUAUCAACACAUUAAAGUGUAGGCCAAUCUAAAAUUAGAAAAGAAGAUUACUUCUUAAAAGUCAAGUGCUUAGCUUCGGCUUCAAGAGGAAGAACAAAUUUCUCAUCAUGGAAGCAUUGGCAUCUCCAUUCUAUUCAGAUAUGGGAAUGGAUCACAGCUUCCUCAAACAGUGGGAGUUGACCUCAUUGGCUCAUGAGUUCAAUGCAGAAGAGCAUUUAGGAGUCGCACUUCGACACGACUUGGAACGAUGCCCCUCUUCGGAAAGCCACAGCUCCUAUGCGUCAGUCAGACCACCCAAGAAGAUAGCCAAAACCAACAGCUGGAGUUCUUGCACCACCACUGAGCUCAACUCUGUUCCGCCGACGGAUGCAUCGGCAUCAGGGCCAAAGAUCCUAUCUUUCGAUAAUCCGGACUGUGCUUUCCGCGGCGGUCUUGUUUCCAAGCCCAAAGAAGAGAUGGAUGUGCCGGUUGCCAGGGGACCAAAGAGAGGAAGAACAACUUCUCAUAACCAGGAGCACAUCAUGGCUGAGAGGAAGAGGAGGGAGAAGCUCAGCCAGCGGUUCAUCGCCCUAUCCGCCAUUGUUCCAGGCCUAAAGAAGAAGGACAAGGCAUCCGUUCUUGGGGACGGCAUCAAGUACCUGAAGCAGCUCCAGGAGAAGGUGCAGUCAUUGGAAGACCAAAUUGCGAAGAGGAAUGUCGAGUCCGCAGUGCUUGUGAGGAAUUCUCAGCUGUCUAGCGACGACGAUAGCUCAUCCUGCGACGAGAAUUGCAAUGAGGGCCAUGGCGAGUCCCUUCCGGAGAUUGAAGCCAGGGUUUGUGAUAAGUCCGUUUUGAUCAAGAUUCACUGCGAGAACAAGAAAGGAGCGUUGGUGAGAGUGAUAUCAGAGAUCGAGAAGCUCCGCCUCUCGGUGAUGAGCACGAGUGUGAUGACCUUCACCGGAGCUUCUCUCCACAUCACUGUAAUGACUCAGAUGGAAGAGGAAUUCUGCAUCACAGCCAAAGAUUUGGUGAAGAAGUUGAACUCGGCUUUCCGGCAAUUCAUGUGAGGUAAGUGAAUAAGCAUCUAGCUAUCUGGCCACCAUUUUCACUGGUUUUCGCUGCAUGUUUUUGCCCCUAUUGUCUUAGUCUUCAGAUUAAGCUACUUCCUCCUCUCUUAAUUUUCUUUUUGCAUGGUUAAGCUACUGAUCAUGUUUUUUAGAAGAAGAGAGAAGAAUGGAGUAUUCAUUUGUCUUCUUUUAAUAGUAUUUUUGAGGACGUCAAUUGAGUUUUCUUAACCUUUCUUAUCUUCCCCUCCUUAAAGCCUCUCUCUGGUUCAAAUUAAGUCAAUGAAGCUUGACCUGCAGAGACAAAUGGUGGCCUUCAGAAGACUGUAAUGAUCCUUCUUUAGGGCCAAAUGAAUAAUUCUCAAUUGUAUCAUUUUUUUUGGUAACUGCAAUCAUCUUGUGAACACUUGAAGUUU